AUGAUCUUUCUCUCAUCCUUUAUAAAUUUCAUACUCACCCAUUUCUUUAUCCUGUCUUUCUAUAUCUGUCCUUUUCGAACCUUGCUCUUUCCCUCAUCCUUUAUCAUUUCACACUCACCCAUUUCUUUAUCCUAUCUUUCUAUCUCUUUUCCGUCUGAAACUUGCUCUUUCUCUCAUCCUGUAUCAUUUCAGAUUCACCAAUUUCUUAUUCCUAUCUUUCUAACUCUAUUCACCCAUUUCUUUAUCCUAUCUUUCUAUCUCUGUCAUUUUCUAAACUUGCUAUCUCUCUUAUCCUUUAUCAUUUCAUCUUUUCCCUUUUCUUUAUCAUUUCUUUCCAUCACUGUGCUUUUCGAAACUUGCUCUUUCUCUAAUCAUUUAUCAUUUCAGAUUCUCCCAUUUCUUUCUCGUAUCUUUCUAUCUCUUUUCCUUCCGAAACUUGCUCUUUCUCUCAUACUUUAUCAUUUCAGAUUCACCCAUUUCUUUAUCCUAUUUUCUAUCUCUGUCAUUUUCAAAACUUGCUCUCUCUCUCUUAUCCAUUAUCAUUUCAGCUUCUCCCCUUUCUUUAUUGUUUCUUUCCAUCUCUGUCCUUUUCGAAACUUGCUUUGUCUCUCAUCAUUUUUUCAUUUUAGAUUCACACAUUUCUUUAUCCUAUUUUCUAUCUCUGUAAUUUUCGAAACUUUUUCUUUCCCUCAUCCUUUAUCAUUUCACAUUCACCCAUUUCUUUAUCCUAUCUUUUUAUAUAUGUCAUUUUCGAAACUUGCUCUUUCCCUCAUCCUUUACCAUUUCACAUUCACCCAUUUCUUUAUCCUAUCUUUCUAUCUCCUUUCCUUCCGACACCUGCUCUUUAUCUCAUCCUUUAUCAUUUCCGAUUCACCCAUUUCUUUAUCACAUCUUUCUAUUUCUUUUCCUACCGAAAAUUACUCUACCUCCCAUUCUUUAUCGUUUCAGAUUCACCCAUUUCUUUAUCCUAUCUUUCUAUCUCUCUCCUUUUCGAAACUUGCUUGUUUCUCAUGCUAUCAUUCUCCACAAACACCACCCUACGACGAACAGACCAUAUAUGACAUCUAUCUAUCUAUCCAUCUAUCUAUCCCAAUCUGUUCAUAUCUAUCUAUCUAUCUAUCUAUCUAUCUAUCUAUCUAG